AUUUGUAAAUAACAACUGGGGUGGGUGCGGUCAGUGAAAAGUCGUUUUAGUGGACUUGUGAUUCAUUUUGCUGCAGACAAUGUAAACAAUGUUGUCUUGUUUUAAAUAUGUCCACAUCCCUGUAAAUGAAAACGUCACGUUUGAGGACACGUUAUGUCAUGUAGCAUAAGUAAACGACUUCACCAAGACUCGCUUGACGUUUCGCUGGACAUUUUGAAACUUUAAAAGGACUUCCUAAUCCCCAUUAGUAUUGCUAUUGCAAAAAUUGUUCGUGGCAAAAAAGCUUUACGUGGCGUUGUCCAGUAAGAAUAGAGAUGAAGGCCAAAAGGUAAAAAAGUAAAUUGAUUGUUAUCGAACUACAUGAUGAUAGGCUAUGGCAUGGCAGCCUCUUAUGCUCGGAUUUUAUUCUCGGAGACUCGUGCGGAACUCUUGUGCCCCGAGAGAUCAUCCACUAUGGCCAAACGUGUAGCAGUGAUCGGAGCUGGAGCCUCUGGCUUGACAUGCAUAAAGAGCUGCUUGGAUGAGGGAUUGGAGCCAGUGUGCUUUGAAAGCAGUGAUGACAUUGGGGGAUUGUGGAGGUUUAAGGAGAACCCAGAGCCAGACCGAGCCAGUAUCUACCACUCUGUCAUCAUCAACACCUCCAAGGAAAUGAUGACCUACAGCGACUUCCCAAUCCCAGCUCACUUCCCAAAUUACAUGCACAACUCUCUCAUCAUGGACUACUUCAACAUGUACACAGACCACUUCCAGCUCCGGCAAUACAUCCAAUUCCAGACACGGGUGCUGCAAGUCAAGCAGAGGCCUGAUUUCUCCCACUCCGGCCAAUGGGAGGUAGAAACAGAGGCGAGGGAUGGGAAGAGAGAAAGCCUUAUCUUUGAUGCAAUUAUGGUUUGCGUCGGACAUCACUGUCACCCUCGCAUGCCACUGUCUGAUUUCCCAGGCAUUGACACGUUUAAGGGGAAGUACUUCCACAGCCGGGACUACAAGGCACCAGAGGAGUGGCGCGGGAAAAGGGUGGUAGUGGUUGGCAUCGGGAAUUCUGGAGGGGACAUCACCGUGGAGCUCAGCAGAAUGACCAAGCAGUUGUUCCUGAGUACUCGUCGUGGUGCCUGGGUUAUGAAUCGAGUGGCUGACAACGGCCUUCCUGUGGACCUGGUCUUAAACAGAGUGUCAUUGCUGAUCCAGAAGAUACUGCCACGUGACUUCAUCUGUGGUAUUGUGGAAAAUCGGCUCAACUAUCGGUUUGACCAUGCUAUGUAUGGGCUGCAGCCCAAACACAGGUUCUUCAAUCAGCACCCCACUGUCAAUGACGACCUACCCAACCGCAUCCUCUCUGGCACGGUGCAGGUGAAGCCCAACAUAAAGGAGUUCCGAAGCUCUAGCGUGGUCUUCGAGGAUGGCUCCGUGGAGCACGACAUCGACCUGGUGGUGUUUGCCACCGGCUACAGUUUCUCAUUCCCCUUCCUUCCCGCUCAUGUGCUCUCUGUCUCUGAGAACCAGACCACCCUGUACAAGCACAUCUACCCACCAGGAUUAGAGCACCCAACUCUGGCCGUAAUUGGAUUGAUUCAGCCUCUCGGUGCCAUCAUGCCCAUCUCAGAGAUGCAGGCUCGAUGGGCCACAAGGGUCUUUAAAGGGUUGAAUAAGCUUCCUUCGAUGAGUGUCAUGAUGAAGGAUAUCAAGUGCAAAGAAGAGGCAAUGGCCAACAGGUACGUAACGUCCAGUAGGCACACCAUCCAGGUGGACUACGUCCCCUACAUGGACGAGCUGGCUGAAAAGGUGGGAGUGCAGCCCAGGUUCCUGUCUUUGCUUCUACGAGACCCUGGCUUGUGGCUUAGAACUGUGUUUGGACCCUGCACACCAUAUCAGUACCGGCUGUUUGGACCAGGUCAAUGGGAGGGAGCCCGCCAGGCAAUCUACACUCAGUGGGAGCGAGUGGCUCAGCCCAUGAAGACGCGACCCAUUCCUGCCAGGGAGACCAAGCGUACCUUUAGCACCCACCUGUUCUUUCUGUCAGCUGCCACAUUGGUGGUGGCGGUAAUCUAUAAGAGAGACAACUACCAGGAGUAUCUUCAGUAUCCCAUGAUGAUACUGGACAAGCUGAAGACAUAUCUACCUGCUUGGUAAGAUGUCAGUGUUGGAUGUAUCAUGCAGUAUGACUAAUUGAUUGGUCUGUGAUGUUUUUCUUGCAUUUGUCUUAAUGCUUGUGAUAAGUGUAAGUGUACUUAAGUCUUUUUUUAUGUCUGGAUUAUACUAAUAAGAUGCAUAAAGCUUAUAAAAGGUCCAAACAUAUUUCAGAAUAUAUCGUUUUUAUAAUGUGGUAAAUUAUUGUUUUAAUUGGUUAUGUUAUUCUGUUAUUAAGGAAAAUAUUUUCCUAUGCCAGUGGUUCUCAAAGUGUGUGGUGCCCCACUAGUGGAGAAUAGAGACAUGACAGAUGGGGCACGAUGAGCAUGAGGAUUUUUUUGUCUUUAAUAAUGCCUUUCUUUUUAACAAGGAAGAUCAUAGAUUCAAAACAAACAUAUCUAUCAUAUCUACAUAUCUAUCUAUAAAUUGCAGGAACGUCUGUCUGUCUGUGUGUGUUUGUGUGUGUGUGUUAACCUCAUAUCUGUCGAACCGUUCAUCCGAUUGAUUUCAAACUUGACAGGUGUCUUCCUACGGGCACGAGUAAGUGCAGUGCCAGUGUUUGGAUAAGAAAUUCAAAAGAUAUUGUUAAAUAUAUCAUUACAAGAAGCACAAAUUGGCUUUCUCCGCACUACUGUAGCCACUCCCCCUCUCACACAACAAUUCCGACUGCAAGGUCCCAAAUUGAAACGAGAGAUAGUCUGAUGGUCCCGAAUUUAAGGAUGUUUUAGAAUGCCAUACAGCUACAGACAACUAGUGGCAGACAGAGGGACAUGUCACUUAUGCUACCAAAGACUGUUUUUGAGUCACAUUGUUGCAAAUCUCAUGAUGCAUCUUUCUACAAAAUGUUGUCUUCUAUAUCAUUAAGUUAUUCAAGAGGCUUAACAAUAAGCAUAUAGCCUUAACAUAAAAAAACUGUUCGGCUUAUGUCAUUUUGAUCUGUAAAAAAUGUCACAUGCAGCCAUGCCUAAAUUCUGCUCAUUGCAAUGUAUUAUAGGCUAAAUUUAUUAUAAUAUAAUAUUCAGUAUUCAUUGUUGAAUGCUUAGCUGAAAUUAUGUUUUCCCUAUCAUCCUAUUUUUACAGCAGGCACCUGCGGGCAUGUAAUGUAAUUAAUUAGGCUACUAUACAGGUUUUCUAGAGGAGUAGCAUGUUUGAAUGGGCACCGUACUAGUGAAUUAAAACAACAUCAGAUCCAGCGGACCAAAACAGGACAUGUAAUGUGGAACCAAAUGCGAUAAUAUUUUAACAUUCCCAUUUUGCCAGGGUGAUUGGGUCAGGUGGGGCUUAAAUAUUCCUCACAUCCAAAGUGGGGAUUGACAGAAAAAGUUUGAGAACUGGUCCAUGACAUCCACGAGUGCUUCUGCUAUUUAGCUAGCUGGUUAGUUCUGGUUAAAUGGACACCUUUUUGAAAGUAGAGCCGAAGGGAAAGAUAGUUUUUCAAUUUUUGGACAAGUACAUUGAGGCAAAUGGACUUGACUGAUCUUUUUGUGUGGGAGUAUGUUCAGACAGGGCUUCGGCUAUGACUUGGAAUUUUUCAAUUUCAAUUUAAUAUCACUUAUAGAGUGCCAAAACAUUGCACAUGUCUCAUGGCGCUUUACAGAGUGUUAAACAAUCAGAGAAGGCCCAUGAGUAACAGGGGCGAGAAAAAACUCCAGAUACAUGUAGGAAGAAACCUCCAGCAGAUCCACGACUCAAUAGCCUGACCCAUCUGCCUAGGGUCAGUACAAAACACUAAGAUCUGUUUACAUGAUAAAUGAAUAAGUUAGUUAGGUGUAGAGAAAAGAACAUGGUGUUUAAAGAAUGCCUUACAUAUGCAAUGACAUCAGAUACAAUUGAGGAUAAAAACACAAUAAAGUCCAGGACUUAUUUACGUUGUGGUCCUAAAUGCAUAACACCAGGACAAGACACUCAUAGAGUGUGUGAUAAUCAAUGACAUAACAUAAACACAUUUUUCUUAAAUAAAUAAAAAUGCUACCCUC